AAUAAACAGUACAUUUAUCGUUUAUACUUAAAUCUGAAAGGUAUCAAAUAUUUUCUAAGCCAUGUUUAACAUCAGUAAUUUCUGUUAUUUUUAUUAUCUAAUUACUUUGUUGAUUCAACACAUAGUUUGCCAAGGAUGUACUUUCAAAUGGAUAAAUAAUACAGUAUUGACUGAAACAAAUCUACAGGAUGGAAUUAGUUUACAACCUAUUUUUGAUACCGAAGAACCAAGCAUGUCUGCUCCUGUGCUUGUUUUGAUUACAGAGAAUGUUGAAAAAAUAAUUGAAGAUAAAACUAGUUCUCCAAAUAAUCGAAAAUCUUAUUUAAAACCAACAUAUGUGAAUAACACAUUUAGUGUUAUCCUUACAGAUGAAUUUAAAAACUAUGAAUGUUACGAAGAUCGUGAUCUAAUACGAAUUAAGGUAUUUUUCCAAUGCACAUCUAAUGAUGAAAAAUCAUUUGAUAUUCUUCAGAGUAUUAUGGAUACAAAUAAUCAUUACCCAGAGUUUAUAAAUGCUCCAUACCAGUUUAAUCUAUCAAUGCCUUAUCCUGCAAAUAUUCCACUGCAUUUAUUAAAUAAAAUUGCUGCUCGAGACAUUGAUCUAACCAAUUCACACAUUACAUUUUUUUUAAAUUCUUCGGAUUUUAACUCGGAAGGAUUUGAUGCUUCAUGGUUGUCGGUAGAUUCUGAAAUGAAAAAAGCUCAUUUAGCUAAAUUUAUUACUACAUCUGUCAUUAAUCGAAAGGAAAAUUUUACUUUUCGUAUUUAUGCACGAGAUUCAGGAGAAAAUCCACUGACUAAUUCUACAACAAUAUCAAUAAUAACUGACAAAAAAAAUUCUAUUGUCAAAUUUACAAACCCAGUUUAUGUCGCAGAUUGCUCCAAACUCAAUAGUGAAGAAGCCAAUGGUACUGUACUCUCGUUUAAACAAGGAAAUAUAACUUUAGGCAGUGGUGGUAAUGAAGCCAUUAAUUACACAUUAAAAGAACAAUCUGGAGAAUAUCAACAAAAUUUUAAAUGGGUCAGAUCAUCAAAUCACGAAGCAAUUCAGAUAGUAUUAAUUAAUCCCCCUGAAAAAUUAUUCAACGAAUGUUACGUGCUUCUAACUCUGAGUGCUAAAAAAGAAGGAGCUGAAGAAGAAACUACAAUUAUUCAUAUAUCACUUCCUGGAAAAACUUCAUCAAUAAUUCAUUCUACAACUCCUACGACUUCACCAUCAGAUGCUGAUGAAGAAGAGCAGUUUUGUUAUUGUACCACAACUAUUAUUAUUAUGUCAAUUUUCUUAAUAAUACUUACGGUUGGACACGUUGUUACUUUUUUUCUUUACUGGAGAAGAAUCAAACUUAUUCCCAAAGAAAGUCCAAAGGUAAAUAAUUUUACCGAAAAGAAAGAAGAAAUGAGAGAAAUAGAGAGAAAUACAAACUCAGUUAAUUCACCAAGACGGUCUGUUGCCUUCAAUGAUAUCGUUGAGGAAAUCAGCAUAGCCAAAUUACUAUACAGCUAAGUAGCGGGAACGAUAGUCCCUACUUCUCCACCAUUUGCAGUUGAUUCCAUUGAGGUUGCCGGUCUCUACAUAGAAUAUAAAAAGAAUUCACAUCAUAUCAGAGGAUACUUAGCUAGAG